AAAGAGGGUUAUGUGGAUAUCUGGAUUGAUGCAAGCUGCGAUGGGUUUGUUGAACUUGCCAGGCGGUUUGGUGUUGAUACCGAGGCCAAGGUGUAGACUACAAUGAUGUUUUGUAUAUACAUUACGACUGAUGAGUACCCAUGACCAUUGCAUCCAUUGCAUCCUUUGCAUGAGUAUUUGAGACAUUCUGGGUUUGGUUGUACCCCGACAAUUGCAAAACAGACUUUAAGACAUGCUGUUUUCUUCACACUCCCGCUGACCGUAAGACGGUGGCAGCCUAUCCCUCAGCAGCCAGCAAGCUCAACUAUAUGAGUGCCAUAUAUGAGUAUCCACAGGAACGCCGGUGACCGGAUUAUAGAACAAGACGGACAAGGUUGUAACUAUGUUUCCCGCCUUACUCAUGCAAACACUGAAGACAGCCCCGAGUACAAGCACGCCGAUGCCGACGAGGAGUUUUGUCGCAAGCCGUCGACAUUCCGCUCGUUUGUUUUGAGCGACUCAUCCUCCGAGUACCCUGCAGGAAAGACUGUUACGUGCUUGUACCUGGGGUACGGGUGUUCCUGGGGGCACCGCACCGGUGCACACUCUCAAGCGACUCGAAAUCAUCAUCCGAGCUGGUGGCGCCGGACCCGGAAGGGUGGUUCUUCUCUGGCCGGUUCGGGUCCGCGGAGAGGAUCCCCUUAUACGGGAUUCAUGCUGCUCAAGGAGCUCUAUCUAAAGGCGGAUCCGCAGUACGACGGCCGGUACACGAUCCCGAUCCUCUGGAAUAAACAGCGCCAACCGAUCGUCAACAAUGAAAGCAGCGAGAUCAUCCACAUGUUCUACGCCGAUUUCGAUCAUCCUGCCCAAGGCGGUGCGCAAAGUCGACCCGCCCGGGGCGGCGGACUGUACCCGCGCCUGUGCGAGCCGACAUCGACGCCAUGAAUGAGUGGGUGUAGGAGAAGAACAACGAGGCAUACAAGGCCGGGUUGGACGACGCGGGCAACGGACCAUGCCAACCUGUCCCCGUUGUUUGAGGCGCUGGACCGCGUCGAGGAGCAGCUCGGACAGCCCGGUCACCAGCCGUAUCUGUUCGGGCCGAACACCACCGAGGUGGACAUUCCGCUGUACACGACGAUUGCUCACUUCGACGCGGCAUACUACAUGAUCUUCGGAUGCAAUCUCACAAUGAUCCGGCAUGACUAUCCGCACAUUGAUCGCUGGAACCAGCGGUUGUACUA